UGGUAGGGGUCAGGGGGAUGGAGAGGUGGGGUCAGGCUCAGAGGCUUCAUGUUCUACGACAGGCCUACAGUCACAUUGUACAGUUAAAUUGACUUCCUCUGCAGUGAGAGGGACACGAGUGGCCAGGAGAAGAGGGCCUCUAUUGGUCAAAGAGAACAGCCAGAGUCGUGGUUUGGGGUGUCAGGGUGUCCAUCAACAUAGGAAGACUAGACUUGAUUGAAUUUUAAGUGUCCCCAGAUCACAGCACUGAGAGGGCGACUGGGAGUAUUGGGGCUAAGGGUGUGGCCUGUGUAUUUUGUGAAGAAAUAUAUUUGGGGAAAGUGAAGAGUGAUGUAUGCUGUAGAUUGUGAGCGAUGCACAGUUUGAUUUUAAAUGAUCACAUUAAGUGUUGUGUUGGUGUACGCAUAUUGAGAGGAUGAUUUUGCUGGUUUUUUACUUUACAGAGUGCCACAAACACAACAAAAGACAGCAUGACCCAGCAGAAUGGAUUAAAACACAGCUCAGCAUAGCACAGUAAAGUAAUACACUUCACGGAGUUAAACAAAAAAGCACAAUAAAAUCCAAUGAAGAAAACAACACAGCGUAUAAUAUGAACAGCACAUUGUAAAUGUAUAUGAAAUCCUCAUGGUCACGUUACCAUUGACCAAUUCAUACAGAAAAUACAUAUAUUAGACACACAUAUACACACAUAGUUGACAACAGGGCUGGAUGUGAGAGGUUGAGGCAGGAGAAAAUAAGAGAUGCGGAGACUCCGGAGAAAAGGAGGGAACAAUGAGAAAGUGUUUGGCUGUGACCUGUUGGACCACCUGGCUACAACCUGUCAGGAGAUUCCCCAGGUGCUGCGAAGCUGCAGUGAAUUCAUUGAGGAGCAUGGGGUUGUAGAUGGGAUCUACAGGCUAUCUGGGGUGUCAUCCAACGCACAGAAACUAAGGGGUGAGUUUGACAGUGAGGGGACCCCAGAUCUCAAUAAGGAUGUGUACCUGCAGGACAUUCACUGUGUCAGCUCUCUCUGCAAGGCCUACUUCAGAGAGUUGCCUAAUCCGCUCCUCACAUACCAGCUCUAUGACAAAUAUGCUGAAGCUGUGGCAAUUCAGCUGGAGGAGGAGAGGCUAGUGAAGAUCAAGGAUGUGCUGAAGGAGUUACCUGCUCCCCAUUACAGAACUCUAGAGUUUCUGAUGCGUCACCUUGUCAAAAUGGCUUCUUAUUCCUCACACACCAACAUGCAUGCCCGGAACCUCGCCAUUGUUUGGGCUCCAAACCUUCUCAGGUCAAAAGACAUUGAGGCGUCAGGGUUUAACGGUACUGCAGCCUUCAUGGAGGUGAGGGUGCAGUCCAUCGUAGUGGAAUUCAUCCUCACCCACGUGCCCCAGCUGUUUCCAGAUUCAGGUAGUGCUCCGGAGCGUUGUAAGUUGUUCCCAACUCCCUCUAUACACAAUCCAGAGGAACCUUUCUUCCGGAGCAUUCCAUUCCAGUUAGGCAACAUCAGCCCAGGGGACGGCCCCCCGGCCAUGCGCUCCUAUCACGCCAUCAUAGACGGCACAGACAAGAGGAAGGGAUCUCUCAAGGGCAGGAAGUGGAAGUCCAUCUUCAAUUUAGGAGGCAGACUCCAUGACCCGAGACGAAGGAACAAGAACUCAACCAAAGAAAAAGAGAAAACUGUCUUAAGGCCAGCCAAGAGCAUGGAUUCCUUGAGCUCAAUGCCCUAUCAGCAUGAAGGUUCCAGUCAACGACCCCCUUCCACUGUCAUGUCCCCCCUGGCUCAGCCCUCUCCCUGUCCCCAAGGUGGUGUGGAUGGAGGGGCAUCCAGUAGUGGUAGGGAUGUGGGCAGCGGAUAUGCUGUGACCUUCCGGAGGGGUCAGGGGGCUAGUGUGAGUGUAGUGAGCGGGAGCGGGGGAACAAAGGGCACAUACAGUCGACUGGACAGUCACUGUGGUGGGGGCAACAGGACUGAGGCUCUGCAACCCCCAUCCAGAUCCCCAGGACUCUCCAGCAAAGCGGACCGGCGGGCAGGGAUACACAUCUCCGGACCUUUCUCAGUCACCGUCCCCCUUCACAUCACAUCAGGCCUGGCCUUUGGGGUGCUGCAGGGUGGUGGAGCAGACAGGGGCAACCAUAGAGGAGGAGAGGAGAGGGAGGGUGGGAGACAGAAGGGAAGGGAGGGUGGGAGACAGAAGGGAAGGGAGGGUGGGAGACAAAAGGGAAGGGAGGGGGAAAGGCACAUCCGAGUGGAAGUUGUGGGGGAGGACGAGACUGACAGAGUCAAGAGAAGAGAUGAAGAGGAGGAUGAUAAAGUUGAAGGAAAAGAAGAAAGAGGAAAAGAGGAGGAAGCGAAUGGGGACUGUGUCUCUAAGCUGUCAGAGGAGAGGGGUGAAGAGAGUCGGGGUGAGGGUGUAGGAGAGGAUGCAGUAAAGCCUGAAAAUGAUGAGGAAGAGGAGGAUGAAGAAGGAGAACACAUGGAAAUCAAAGGCUCUGUGCAGACUGCCCUGGAUGCCCCAGAUAUGUCAGGUGUCAGAAAUGAGGCAGUUGCCACAGAUGUGCCGUACCCGCCGACAAUGGUGGAGGACAAUGCACAAGUCCAGGACUGUCCACUAGACUUUCAGGAUACUUUUGGAUUCCUGGACCUCAUGGACAGCAGUGCCUCCACCAAGAUGUUCCAGGCGUUCUCAGUGGAGCCUCAUCAUGGGGAAGAUGAGUAUGAGGACGAGGUGGAGCAGAGAUCCCCUGGACUCUCACAUGACAGACCAGACUCUGUCACACAGCCACCUGUAGACACACAGAUACAAAUACAGACAGGCUGCCAAACAGAGACACAUACACUGAGGCAGACACAGACACCCACACACAGACCUCUAAGCUUUGAUCAAUAUGGGCGAGCCAACAAGUCAAUGAGUCUGCCUUACAUGCCCAGGCCCUUCCUGCCUGCUCUGUCCUCUUCCUCUGAAGAAGAGGAUGAUGACGACGAAGAUGAUGAUUAUGACAGAGAAGAUGAGGGGGACGAUGAUGACAUGUUCUGUAAAAGUCUACCGUCUAGUUUGGUGUUCAACAGACUGACAUGGAGUGGGCCUCAGACUGAUGUGGAGAAGGGUUUGUCCCUCCCUGCUAAGCCCGCACAACAAUUGGACAGUGCUUCUGAUGACAGACCAAUUCCUAUGGACCUGUCACAGAGUUCUGAGGCCAGAAUGCCUCCUGUGCACUUGGACAUUGAUUCCCCUGAUUGCUGUGACCCACCAGAAGAGGUCUUGAGACAUAGCAAGGCUGAAGAAGAGAAUAGACUGGAAGCGAUGGAACUGGUGGAGGAGGAGGAUGCAGGACAGGAUCCAGACAACCAGGAGAACGACCAGGCAGACACCCUGACGAAUACAUGCACAGAAAGCACUGAGAUACAAGAAAGUUGUCACUCGGUUGAAACCAGCAUGAUGGAGGAAGAGGAAACACCAGGUGACAUUGAGAGGGGCCUCGCUUCAGCAUACUCAUCAACUGACUGUGAGGAGGCCUCACUGCAGACCACUGCAGACAAAGAGGGAGAGGACACUAGAGUUCACCUGCAGCUCAGAGACGAGGAGGAGGACCUGAAGAGUCACUGUGGUGAAGAAGGUAUGAAUUCAGAGGGUUACAAUGGCGACACUGUGAACGAAGCCGAGAAAGCAGAUUCACAAGAGCAUUUACUCACUGCCUGUCAUAUAGUUUCCUGUGCUGAAGAGCCAAAGAACAUAAUCAAUGAGCGAUCAGAGGAAGUUUCAGCAGGGGGCGCAAUGGAGCAGCCUAAAAAUAGCACUGAGAGGGAGAGAGAGGGAAAGAAGGAAGAUGGAGAGGAGAAGAAGGUAGAGGAAGAGAUGGAGGAAAGAGAAGAUAGAAAUGGGGGAGAAUUUAACAAACAAGAAGGAGAGGUAACAAGAACUGAGAGAGAGGAAGAUAUGGACAAAGGAGAGGAGAGAGAUGUAUUAAAGGAGAUGGAAGAAACAGAGGGGGAGGACGUUGAAGUGGAGGCGAAGGAACAAAGAGGAAUGAUUGAAGAAGAGGAAAGGAUAGCAGGUGAGGAAGGGGAAGUAGAAGAAGAGGACAUAGAGCAGGAAGAGGUCAUUUAUGAAGAGAUGAUGAGCAUAGUAGCCAGGGAUGACAUGAUGGAAAGUGGAGAGAGGAAGGGUAGGGAAGGGGAGACUGAGGAAAGUAAAGUUAAGGAGGAGGUGAUAGAAACCAAAGAGGGGGAGAGGAUUAGAGUACAGCAGAAAGAGACAAUGAAAGAGAUAAAGGAAGGAGAGAGUAAGGCAAGUGAAGAGAUGAGUGCAAAAGAAGAGACGAAGCGAGAGGAGGAAGGAGUGGAUACCAUGGGAGAGACUGAGGAAGAGGCAGCUGAAGAGGGGAUGGAAAAUAUGUUGAUUGAUAAUGAGAAGCAGAAACAGCACCUAGAGGCACAGCAUGUUUUAGAGAGAAGAAAAAGAGAUAUAGAUCUGAUAAAGGAUGUUGUGGGAGAGGGAGAUGAGGAGGGAGAUAAAGAGAUGGAAGUGGGAGGUGUAAUCAGGGACGAAGAAGGAGAUAGUAUACUUGUGGUCCAACAGGAGACAGAAGAACGUGAAUCAACAGGGCCAGAUAAGGAGAACGAAGAGAGGGAGAAUGGAGAGACAAAAGAGCAACUACAGACACCAACAAUAAUAGAGGAAAGAGAAGAAGAACUGAAAGAGGUCCAGAUAAACAGCAAAGAACUGAAUGAGGGACAGAAGGAAGGGAGAGGUAGUAAAGUGGGUUUUGAAAAGGGGGUGGGGAGAGUGCUGGUCAGGUCUAAACAACAAACACCCCCUAAAGUGUAUCAAGCAAGAUCAGUGCCAAUGGUACCACCCAAGCCACAUCAAUGCCAAAUAACUGCACUGAACCUCAGACAACAGCAGCAAAGGGAGAGGAGAGAGGCAGACAGAGACAGGGGGAAGGGAAAGGUACACAGGGCUUUGGGACAGCAAGAUAAAGAGAGAAAGUUGGAAGGGAAGCCAGAGCAUGGCAAAGUCUGCGAGACAGAACAAGGGUGGAAUGAGAAAGGGGAAGAAGAGGACAGAGGCAAAAGGGAGUGGCAGGCACAGUGGGGAGGGGAGAGGAGGAGAGAUGUGUAUGAGGGGGGAAUGAGAGACAUGAUGAAGAACAGUCCAAUAAGUAUGUGUUUUGAUGAAGCUGUUGCCAUGGGAAUCAAGAGAGGGAGAGAGAAAGAGGGCAGUGAGAGGGAGAAACAGAAAGAGUGAGGAUAUGAAGUACAAUAAAGAGAAAGAGGUGGACAAAGACACCAGUAAAUGUUGUAGUCAUCGACUCUGUCUGGACGGUUAGUAUACAACUGAUCAUUUAUAUACAAUAUAUAAGUACAUUACAUAAAAAAAAAAUAUAUAUAUAUAUAUAUAUACUCCCUGUAUAAUUCAGCCUGGGCCUAGAACCGUCCCACUUAGAUUCAGGGCAACUGAUCCGCCACACUUUAUCUCUCUCUCUCCCCCUCUGUAAAUGUCCCCCUUUUUGUUGCUGCUUUUAACCUAUUAAUGUAACUUACCAUUUUUGCUUUUAACCUAUUAAUGUAACUUACCAUUUUAACUGCUUGGUUUUAAUCAAUCUGCAAAGAGUUGUCAAUAUACACCAAGUAUGGAAAUCUCAGUUAUCACAUCUCAUGCAUAACCACCAUGGGUAUUGUUAAGGGUGAGCAAGCAAAUGGUGAGAAAGCAAAUAUAAUAACUUCUUAUGAGUUAAUGAUUGCUUACUGAUUGUCUGGAGAUGUUUUUAAGGACAAUGUGUCAUUAUUUGUAUAAAUUCCAUAAAACAAUGCAUUUUCAGUUUUUUAUUUGUUUUUGUGAAUAAACUUAUU